ACCCGCCAAUGAUUUAUACCUCCAUGAUUAUUUAGAACCGCCAAUUAUUUUGGAUUCCACCGCGGAACCCCAUCAAAGUCCGAACAAUUUUGUUCCCGGUCUGACCGCACGGUCACACACAGAACACUUGUGUUCCACCCGUGACCACGUGGGUACACCCAGUUCCGCCUUGUACCUGAUGAGCCCAUGA